AUGAAGACCGAAAGCGAGGCUCCAAAGACCCCGACGCCCACGCAAACUCACGCUCAGACGCCGUAUACUACACAAUGGGGUACAACACAUAUACCAAUUGAUCCUGCGCUUCAACAGCAAUCCCAACAUGCCACAACAACUCCGUAUUCCUACCAGUACACUCACCACUAUCCUCAAGCCGCUUAUUCGCACUACUCAUAUGUAUCACAGCAACCCCAAGUCCAGAGGCCGCAGACCUCAACAGUUCCUGCAACAGCAGCAACUACUCAGCCCGCAAAUGCGAAUAGUGGGAUGGAUACAUCUGACGUAGCAACGUUGAAUGAUGCUCUUGGGAGCGCAGGUGUUGAUCUUCGGGCGGAGGAGGAGAGCCUGCAGAGGUCCCAUGACUCACAUCAGUCAUAUCGAACCUUCGAAGACAGAUCACGUAAACAACCAGCUACUCCUUCCUUCGAUACACGCUUCCUAGGUGUCACCAUGCGUACCAUUGGCACAGAACACAAGGUGACAAAAAUCCCCGAAGACUCGGUGAAUUACCUAGCGAUCGCUCUUCGUGCCCGCCUACAAGACCUCGUUACUGUGAUGGUUGCUGCAGCGAACCACCGCAUGGACACCCAGUUUGACCGCCCGGCAUGUCCGUACGAUAACGGCACGCCGAUGUGGAGCAUAGUGGUGCAGAGCGAUGUUGCUAAGCAACUAGCUGCAUUGGAAAAGAUUGAGCGAGAGGAAGAGAUGAAAGUUCGAAGAGAACGCAAAGAGCGCGCUGAUAUGGCCGCUGCACAUGCUGCUAACCUCGCCGCGCAGGCUUCGGGCGGCAAUGCCAUGGUCGUGGACGGAGAUGAGGAGGGAGGUGCGAAGAAAAAGAAGAAGAAAGAGGGACCUGGUGUAACGGCGAGGAAUAUGUCUGAAGAUGUGCGUAAAAAGAUGUCAAACGCUGUCGCAAGUCAGGCUGCCGGACUUGGUGGAAAGUACUCGUGGAUGAAUGCUGCAAAUGCCCCUGCGGCCGCUGCCAAACCGAAGCCUGCAGCAUCCUCUACCGCUACACCAAGUACAGCCACUACCACAACCCCUGCGACUACCACAGCUCCUGCAGCGUCAACGGCUUCAGCAACUACAUGGGCGCGGCCAUAUAUGGGGGGAAAGAAAGGUAGUCCGACAUCCCCACAAACGGGAGAGGACGAUGAUCGGAUGUUAAUCACAAUGCGUGAUGCAAUGUUCGCCAUCGAGAAGGAAAGGGGUCAUGGAGGAGGUCGUGGAUCCGCUCGUGGAUGGUCAUAG